ACAUUCAUUUUCAAUGCCGCGCGGUUUGAAGUAAUAAUUGCUUCGUCUGUUGACUGAAGUAUUUUCAUCGCAGCCGUGUUUGUUGAAUGACUGACGGGAUCCGUGAAAAACAUCCGCCGCGUCAGUGAAACUGCAGUCUGAUUUUUCUCCAUGGCACCUGUUCCCGAAAUAAAAGUUCCCAUCAUUUGGGUUUUGGGUGGACCUGGUUCCGGCAAAGGGACCCAAUGUGACAGAAUCGUUGCCAAAUAUGGAUUCACUCAUCUAUCUUCUGGAGAUCUCCUACGAGCAGAGGUCUCGAGCGGUUCUCCAAGAGGUAAAGAACUGACGGCGAUAAUGGAGAGGGGUGAACUUGUUCCGAUGGAAGUGGUUCUUGAUCUCCUCAAGGAAGCGAUCAUCAAAGCAUUGCCCGACUCCAAAGGUUUCCUGAUAGACGGUUAUCCCAGAGAAAAAGAACAAGGUAUCUUGUUCGAGAAAAACAUAGCACCAGUGAAUUUGGUUCUCUUUUUCGAUGCUUCAGAAAACACUUUAGUAGAAAGGUUAUUGGGUAGGGCGAAAACCUCCGGAAGGGUAGAUGAUAAUGAAGAAACGAUAAAGAAGAGGUUGCACACUUUCAAUACUCACAACGAUCAAGUGGUACAGCAGUAUCCGGACAAGCUGAAGAAGAUAAACGCAGAAAGAAAUGUCGAUGACAUUUUUGCUGAGGUGACUACGUACUUGGAUCCACUGGUAGUUUAAGUAAGGUUUCACGAGGUCUACUAGUACCUAAAUAAGCACGGUGAAAUCAAGAUUUAGAAAAUGUUUUAAUUUAUAUCAGUUAUUUAUUAAUAAAAAAUAAACUUCGCACUGUUGACAUAUA